AGGGAAGAACGCUGAGGGCAGAGCUCUGGAGCCCAGAGCUGUCUUAGUCGCCAUGUCUUCUGCUUCUCUGGAACUGAACCUCACAGGACUACUGCCCGAUGAAAGGUGGAUUGCAGAGAUGACAUUCGCGGCCCCUGAUGAGUGCAAAGCUUUCCGGUCAAACCACCGUGCAGAUGUUGUCUACGUUGUCACCAUGGCUGCGCGCAUCGUUCAAAUGCAGUCAGGCUUCGCCAUGCUCGAGUCGGCCUACCAGCAGCCCAACAAUGCGGCAAACAUCAUGAUGAAAAACAUGCUGGAUCUUUGCAUCGGUGUAUUGACGUUCUUUCUCUUCGGCUACUACAUUGCAUACUGGGACACGCAUCAGAUUGCAGGUCCUGCAGAUGCUGGGUUCGACUUGGCGCAUUGGUUUUGCUGCUUUUCCUAUGCCACGACGGCUGCAACUAUCAAUAGUGGUGCCCUGGCGGGCCGCGUGGCUUUCUUUCCAUAUCUCUUUCUCUCGACCAUCAUGACGGGGCUUCUGUAUCCGAUUUGUGCAUAUCUGGCGUGGGGCAAUGGCUGGCUGCAGUCUCUUGGUUUCAUCGAUUUCGCAGGCUCCGUGGUGGUGCAUCAGGUUGGUGCAGUCAGUGCUUUGGUCUCGACCUGCAUUCUGGGCCCACGCAUCGGCCGCUUCAAGUCGUACCGAGCGUGGACACGUCCUUGGAGUAUCAUCUUCUUUGAGCACCAUGAUGACCAGUACUACAGAGAGCCGCAGGAUCCUGUUGAGAAGAAGGUGUUCAUACCGUUCCGCAAAUGCCGCCAUCCUGUUCAGCUUCUUUUCGGAACUUUCUUGCUGCUUGUGGGCUUUCUCGCGUUCAAUCCGGCAUCCACUUUUGCCACUACAUUGGGGACGGACUUGGUAGUUGCCCACACCUCUGCAACGACUUUACUGGCAGCUGCGGGUGGUGGCAUUGGAGGAAUGUGCUUUUCCAUGCUCUACACCAGAUCUACCGUGGUGCGCGUACCGGAACUUACCAACGCUGUUAUUGGCGGUCUUGUGGCAUCUUGUGCACCAGCAGCCGUGAUGCCGCUGUCCGUGUCCCCCUUGGUUGGAUUUAUUGCAGCGAUUCUUACCCUUGCCUUUGAGGAGUAUCUCGCUCACAAACAAAUUGACGACGCUGUUGGAGCUGUUGCGGCACAUGGCCCGAGUGGAGCUUGGGGAGCCAUUGCGGUCGCGCUAUUUGCAGAUAGGCACUGCACCAAUCCCGACGUAGUCGGCAUUUUUUUUGGUGGUGGUGAAGAAAGUUGGAUUCUUCUGGGGAAGCAGCUGCUGGGGAUAGUAGUCCUUUCUGGCAUUGGCAUCGCGGUCACGUACGUGUCGGUGGUUUUCAUCGACCUGAUUGCGGGCUUCCGUGUCAGCCGUGCGUGCGAGCUGAUUGGCCUGGACUUCUGGGAGCAUCAGUUCAAUGAUGGUAGCCUCGAAAAAGACUCUGACAAGGCCAAUUUCUUCAACAUGGCAAAGAUGCGGGAGGACUUGGUCCGACGCGGCACGUGCUGGCCUACUUUUAACAGCCCCGAGAAGCGGUUUGUGUUUGAGGGGCAAAGCAAUGAGCAGACGGAGCCUGGACAUCUCGGGGAGAAGAAGGACAAAGAUCCACCUGAGAAAGUUCAGGCUGAUAGCAAAGAGCCCAUGGACUUGGCAGACGAAGUUGCGGUGCUGAAAAAGAAGAUGGACGCGCUGCAGUCACAGCUCAACUUGCUGGCAUUGGGUCAAAUGCGGGCCGGGGCUUCAACCAGUCAUGAAGAUGUGUUUGGCCACCGUGAGUACAGUACGGAGGAGAUUGACGAGCUGUGUGCGGAAGGUCUGUGAGCGCAGUAUGCCGCAGUAUGCUAAAUCACGACCCAGGAAGUCAGAAAUGAGGUGCCGGUCAAAGCAACAGAAAGUUGCAGAUGUUGCAGCGUACGGAAUUGGCACACUGACCCCGACAGUUGAUCCGGGCACUUCGGAAUCCGGUACGUUUGUGUGUCCGCUUUCAUGUGGACCUAUCUUCCGACGGAAGGGCCAGUCCACAAAUUAGUGGCUGGACACCCACAAGAGAGAGUCGCAGGUCGAGGGGGCAGACCUUUGGCCCUCCGAUUCGUGACGUCGAGUUUUCUUCAAGGUAUUCGAAGUGCUCAGUGCAAACCAUUGAGCUGCUCCAAGGCGCGCCCUCAGGCCUCAAUGAAAAAGGUUCUACGUGUGUUGGUGGCA